GAGGAGGAGGGAGCGGGAUGAACUGGAGGCCCCCGGAGCCGCCUCCGCAGCAUUUUCAGCCGGGCUGAGAGGAGGCCUGGCCUCGCCUCGGUUGUCCAGGCAGCUAAAAAGGCUGGCUGGAAAAGAGAAGAUGUCUUCUGAAUCUUUUUGUUUGGCUGCUCAGACCAGGUUUGAUUCCAAAUGGCUGAAGACAGACUUACAGCUUGCUUUUACACGGGAUGGACUCUGUGGUCUAUGGAAUGAAAUGGUCAAAGAUGGAGAAAUCGUAUACACUGGAACAGAACUUUCCCAAAGUAGUGAAGCAUCUCCACGAAAAGAUGACAGUGCUGAAGGCCAAACUGGAUCAAAAAAAGAAGAUCAGAAUGACAAGGAGAGGAAAGAUGAAGAAGAUACACCAUUACCUACCUAUAAAGCCAAAUCAAUUGUUGAAAGCUGGGUUUGGGGCAAACAGCCAGAUGUGAAUGAGUUGAAAGAGUGCCUUUAUGUCCUGGUGAAGGAGCAGCAAGCUCUAGCCAAGAAAACUGCUACCACAACACUCUCUGCCCUGAGACUAAAACAGAGACUUGCGAUCUUAGAACGCUAUUUUAUUGCAUUAAAUAGGACUGUUCUUCAAGACAAUGUCAAGGUUAAGUGGAAAAGCAGCAAUAUUCCUUUGCCCGCUGUGGACAAGAAAAGUCCCAGACCUAUUGGCAAAGGUGUAGAAGGUCUUGCUCGUGUAGGAUCAAGAGCUGCUCUUUCAUUUGCUUUUGCAUUCCUGCGGAGAGCUUGGAGAUCAGGUGAGGAUGCAGAUCUUUGCAGUGAAUUGUUACAAGAGUCUCUUGAUGCCCUGAGAGCACUACCUGAAGCAUCACUCUUUGAUGAAGGAACAGUAUCAUCUGUAUGGCUGGAAGUUGUGGAGAGAGCAACUAAAUUUCUAAGGUCUGUUGUGACUGGAGAUAUCCAUGGAACCCCAGGUUCAAAAGGAUCAGGAAGCAUUCCUUUGCAAGACCAACACUUGGCACUUGCUAUAUUGCUAGAAUUAGCUGUCCAGAGAGGCACACUAAGCCAAAUGUUGUCUGCUGUUAUGCUGUUGCUUCAACUCUGGGACAGUGGCACCCGGGAAACAGAUAAUGAACGAUCAGCACAGGGAACUAGUGCCCCCCUCCUUCCUCUCCUGCAAAGAUUCCAGAAUAUAAUUUGUAAUAAAGAGAUGAACAAUACUGAAGAAGAACUUCAGAUGCUGUCUUACCCAUUAAGUCCAAAUGAAAACUUCCUACGGUAUCUGAUACUGCCACAGGACAAUGAACUAGCAAUUGAUUUAAGGCAAACAGCAGUUGUGAUUAUGGCUCACCUAGAUCGACUAGCCACUCCCUGUAUGCCUCCCCAAUGCAGUUCUCCAACAUCACAUAAGGGUUCUUUGCAAGAGGUCAUAGCAUGGGGUUUAAUUGGAUGGAAAUAUUAUGCCAAUGUGAGUGGUCCAGUUCAGUGUGAAGGACUUGCCAAUUUUGGAGUUACACAGAUUGCUUGUGCAGAGAAGCGUUUUUUAAUUUUAUCUAGAAAUGGACGUGUUUACACACAAGCAUACAAUAGUGACACACUGGGACCACAACUGGUGCAAAGUCUUGCUUCACGAAACAUUAUCAAGAUUGCAGCACAUUCUGAUGGCCACCACUACCUUGCUCUGGCAGCAACUGGAGAAGUUUUCUCUUGGGGAUGUGGAGAUGGUGGGCGACUGGGCCACGGAGAUACUGUACCUUUAGAAGAACCGAAGAUGAUUUCUGCUUUGUCCGGGAAACAGGCUGGAAAACAUGUUGUGCAUAUUGCAUGUGGAAGUACCUAUAGUGCUGCAAUCACUGCUGAAGGAGAGUUGUACACAUGGGGUCGAGGGAACUAUGGCAGACUCGGUCAUGGUUCCAGUGAAGAUCAGACAAUCCCUGUGUUGGUCACUGGACUGAAAGGAUUGAAGGUCAUUGAUGUAUCUUGUGGAAGUGGUGAUGCUCAGACGCUCGCAGUGACUGAGAAUGGUCAAGUAUGGUCUUGGGGUGAUGGAGAUUAUGGGAAGUUAGGAAGAGGUGGCAGUGAUGGUUGCAAAACUCCCAAGUUGAUAGAAAAGCUCCAGGACUUGGAUGUUGUCAAAGUACGCUGUGGGAGCCAGUUUUCAGUUGCUCUAACAAAAGAUGGGCAAGUCUACUCUUGGGGAAAGGGUGACAAUCAGAGGCUUGGGCAUGGAACAGAAGAACAUGUUCGAUAUCCCAAACUGCUAGAAGGUUUGCAAGGGAAAAAAGUGAUAGAUGUAGCAGCUGGAUCUACUCACUGUUUAGCCCUCACAGAAGAUAGUGAAGUGUACAGCUGGGGAAGCAAUGAUCAAUGCCAGCAUUUUGACACACUGAGGAUCACUAAACCUGAGCCUACUGCUCUUCCUGGAUUAGAUUCAAAGCAUAUUGUUGGCAUUGCUUGCGGGCCAGCCCAGAGCUUUGCCUGGUCAUCAUGCUCAGAAUGGUCCAUUGGUUUACGUGUGCCUUUUGUGGUAGAUGUUUGUCCGAUGACAUUUGAACAACUGGAUCUUUUACUUAGACAAGUGACAGAAGGAAUGGAUGGCACAUCUGACUGGCCACCUCCACAGGAGAAAGAAUGUAUGGCUGUGGCGACUCUGAACCUUCUAAGGCUACAGCUUCAUGCUGCAAUUAGUCAUCAAGUAGACCCAGAAUGUCUUGGUUUGGGAUUAGGCAGUGUUUUACUCAACAGCUUGAAGCAGACGGUAGUGACUUUAGCAAGUAAUGCUGGCGUGCUUAACACUGUGCAGUCAGCUGCCCAAGCAGUGCUGCAAAGUGGAUGGUCUGUGUUGUUGCCAACAGCAGAGGAACGGGCCAGGGCUCUUUCAGCACUUUUACCCAGUGCAGUUUCAGGGAAUGAAACAAAUGUAAGUCCAGGUCGUAGAUUUAUGAUUGAUCUGCUGGUUGGAAGCUUGAUGGCUGAUGGGGGUCUGGAGUCUGCUCUGAAUGCUGCUAUCACUGCAGAAAUCCAGGAUAUAGAGGCAAAAAAAGAAGCCCAAAAAGAAAAAGAAAUUGAUGAACAGGAAGCAAAUGCAUCAACACUUCAUAGGAAUAGAACACCACUGGACAAAGACCUCAUUAAUACUGGGAUUUAUGAAUCUGCAGGAAAACAAAGUUUACCUUUGGUUCAGCUGAUCCAGCAGUUAUUAAGGAACAUUGCUUCACAGACAAUAGCAAAACUGAAAGAUGUGGCUCGUCGUAUUUCUUCCUGCUUAGACCAUGAACAUUACAGUAAAGAGAGGUCUGCUUCUCUGGACUUGCUAUUGCGGUUUCAGCGUUUACUUGUUAGUAAGCUGUAUCCUGGUGAUAGUGCUGUUCAAAUCCCUAACACAUACAGCCCUGAACUUCUAGGAGUUGGUUCUCUGCUAAAGAAAUAUACAGCACUUUUGUGUACGCAUAUUGGAGACAUAUUGCCAGUUGCAACAAGCAUUGCUUCCACCAGUCAUAGGCAUUUUGCUGAAGUAACUCGGGUUGUAGAUGGAGACCUAACAGGUGUACUUCUUCCAGAGUUAGUGGUGUCAAUAGUCCUCCUUCUCAGUAAAAAUGCUGGGCUUAUACAGGAAGCUGGUGCGAUCCCUUUACUGGCUGGCCUACUAGAGCAUCUAGACAGAUUUAACCAUUUAGCUCCUGGGAAAGAGAGAGAUGACAGUGAAGACUUAGCUUGGCCAGGAAUAAUGGGGUCAUUCUUUACAGGACAGAACUGCAGAAAUAAUGAGGAAGUAACACUUAUACGGAAAGCUGAUUUGGAGAACCACAAUAAAGAUGGUGGCUUUUGGACAGUGAUCGAUGGCAAAGUGUAUGAUAUAAAGGAUUUCCAAGCACAGUCAUUAACAGGGAGCAGUAUACUUGCUCAGUUUGUAGGGGAGGAUCCUGUUGUAGCUUUAGAAGCAGCUCUGCAAUUUGAGGAUACGCGGGAAUCCAUGCAUGCCUUCUGUGUUGGCCAAUAUAUGGAGCCUGACCAGGAAGUGAUUACUACACCAGAUACUGGCAGUCUAUCAUCACCCCUCAUUGACCCAGAAAGAAACUUAGGGCUACUUCUUGGCCUACAUGCUUCCUACCUAGCAAUGAGUACACCACUUUCUCCUGUGGAGGUUGAAUGUGCCAAAUGGCUGAAAUCCUCUAUUUUCUCUGGAGGCUUGCAAACUAGCCAAAUACAUUACAGUUACAAUGAGGAGAAGGAUGAAGACCAUUGUAGUUCUCCUGGUAACACUACUCCUAACAAAUCAAAAUUGUAUUCGCAUCGCCUGACUUUAAGUGAUCACUCCCAGCCAUUUUUGCAAGCUAUUGCAGACAACAACAUCCAAGAUCACACUGUAAAGGACUUCUUAUGUCAAGUGGAGAGGUACUGCAAACAAUGCCACUUGACAACGCCUAUUACAUUCCCUCCAGAGCACCCAGUAGAAGAAGUAGGACGUUUGUUGUUAUGUUGUCUUCUAAAGCAUGAAGAUUUAGGUCAUAUAGCACUCUCACUUGUUCAUCCUGCUAUGCUAGGAGUUGACCAAGUUAAACACCGAACACUUCCAAAAUCUGUAGCAGAUGUUUGUCGUGUUGUCUACCAAGCAAAAUGUUCACUGAUCAGAACUCAUCAAGAACAAGGAAGGUCUUACAAAGAGGUUUGUGCUCCUGUCAUCGAACGUUUGAGAUUUCUCUUCAAUGAACUGCGUCCAGCUGUAUGCAACGACCUCUCAAUAAUGUCUAAGCUUAAAAGUCUAAGUUCUUUGCCCCGAUGGAGACGGGUUGUUCAGAAAAUAAUCAGAGAGAGAAGAAAAAAAGGAGUACCUAAAAAAUCUGAAUCUUCUGAUGUGGAAGAAUCCAAAAUUGGCAAUGAAGAAAGUGAUUUGGAAGAGCCAUGUGUCAUACCUCACAGCCCUGUGACAGCUGAUAAAAGACCAUUGUUGGUCAAAUCGCCUAAGGAUAAAUGGCAGCCACUGAUAAAUACAGUAACAGGGGUACAAAAAUACAAGUGGCUGAAGCAAAAUGUCCAAGGCUUGUAUCCCCAAUCUGCUCUUCUCAGCACCAUUGUUGAGUUUGCUCUAAAAGAAGAGCCCGUUGAUGUUGAAAAAAUGAGGAAGUGCUUGCUGAAGCAGUUAGAAAGAGCUGAAGUUCGUUUAGAGGGGAUUGAUACAAUUCUAAAGUUGGCAACCAAAAGCUUCUUGCUGCCUUCUGUGCAAUAUGCUAUGUUUUGUGGAUGGCAAAAACUUAUUCCUGAAGGAACAAAUAUAGGGGAACCUCUCACAGAUUGCUUAAAAGAUGUUGAUCUGAUUCCACCCUUCAAUCGUAUGCUCCUGGAAGUUACUUUUGGAAAGUUAUAUUCGUGGGCUAUUCAUAAUGUUCGGAAUAUUUUGCUUGAUGCUAAUAGUCGGUUCAAAGAACUAGGGAUCCAACCUGUACCCCUACAAACCAUUACCAAUGAGAAUCCUGCAGGACCAAGCCUUGGGACCAUUCCACAAGCACGUUUUUUAUUGGUCAUGCUUAACAUGUUAACCCUACAACAUGGUGCAAACACUUUAAAUCUCCUUCUCAAUUCUGGCAUGUUGGCAUUGACACAAACCACAUUGCGGCUGAUAGGGCCCAGUUCAGAUAAUGUUGAAGAAGACAUGCUUGCUUCAUCUCAUGGUGCCUCUGCUACAGUACUAGAAGAAUCUAGAAAGGAGACAACUCCAGUUCAACUUCCUGUUUCAGGGCCAGAGCUGGCAGCCAUGAUGAAGAUUGGUACCAGAGUGAUGAGGGGAGUAGACUGGAAAUGGGGUGAUCAGGAUGGACCACCCCCAGGCUUGGGUCGUGUGAUUGGAGAACUAGGUGAAGAUGGCUGGAUUAGAGUUCAGUGGGACACUGGCAGCACCAAUUCUUACAGGAUGGGAAAAGAAGGAAAAUACGAUCUCAAAUUGGCUGAGCCACCAGUUGCUUCUCAGCCUGCCACAGAAGACUCAGAUACAGAGGAUGAUUCUGAAGGAGAACAAGUUGAAAGAAAUCUCCAUCCUACUUCCAUGAUGCUGACCAGUACAGUAAAUCUACUGCAAACUCUAUGCCUCUCUGCUGGAGUCCAUGCCGAAGUAAUGCAGAACGAAGCCACUAGAACAUUGUGUGGACUACUCCGCAUGCUGGUAGAAAGUGGAACUGUAGAUAAAUCAACUUCUUCACCAAAUACCUUGGUUAAUAAAGAACAGCACAGAAACUGGUGCAUGUUGGGAUUCAUCCGAAGUAUAGCACUCAUGCCUCAAAUGUGCAGCACUCUUAGUACAUCACAGUGGAUAACUCUGCUAAUGAAAAUUGUAGAGGGACAUGAAUCAUUCACUGCUGCAUCUCUACAGCGACAGAUCCUUGCAGUACACUUACUCAAAGCAGUGCUUCCUUCCUGGGAUAAAACUGAAAGAUCAAGGGAUAUGAAAUUCCUUGUGGAAAAACUAUUUGGUUUCCUGGGUAGCCUCCUUACUACUUGUUCUUCUGAUAUCCCACUGCUCAGAGAAUCUACUCUGAGGAGGAGAAAAGCCAGGCCUCAGGCUUCUCUGACUGCAACUCACAGCAGUACUUUAGCUGAAGAGAUAGUGGCACUGCUGAGGACAUUGCAUUCACUGAGCCAAUGGAAUGGACUCAUAAACAAGUACAUCAACUCUCAGCUAACCUCCAUCACCCACAUCUUUGCAGGAAAACAGUCAGAAGGGGCUGUUCUGGAAGACUUCUUCCCUGACUCGGAGAGUCCAGAGGUGGGAAGCCUAAUGGCUGUUUUAGCAGUCAUCGGUGGAAUAGAUAGUCGCUUGCGGUUAGGUGGCCAAGUCAUUCAUGAUGAGUUUGGCGAAGGCACAGUAACAAGGAUCACCCCAAAGGGAAAAAUCACAGUCCAGUUUUAUGAUAUGAGGACCUGUAGAGUCUGCCCUCUUAGCCAGCUAAAACCACUGCCCGUGAUUCCUUUUAAUGUUAACAACUUGCCAUUCACUGAACCGAUGCUAUCUGUCUGGGCACAGCUAGUGAACAUGGCUGGAAGUAAAGUCGAAAAACACAGAAUGAAGACUCCUAAUCAGGGUGUUUCAGGACAAAUAGACUUGGACUUGCUGAGAUGCCAGCAAUUAAAACUAUACAUACUAAAAGCAGGUCGAGCUCUGCUUUCUCACCAGGAUAAAUUAAGGCAAAUCUUAUCUCAACCAGCAGUGCAAGAUGCUGGCUCAGUCCCCACAGAUGAUGGUGCAGUGGCAUCACCUGAUGUCGGAGACAUGUCUCCUGAAGGACCCCAGCCUCCUAUGAUCCUCUUGCAACAGCUGUUGACAGCAGCAACUCAACCAUCACCGGUGAAGGCAAUAUUUGAUAAGCAGGAGCUUGAGGCGGCUGCAUUGGCUGUGUGUCAGUAUCUAGCUGUAGAGUCUGCACAUCCAUCAACUCCCAUCUUUGAAGAUUGUAGUUCCAGUGAGGCCACAACACCCGUUACAGUUCAGCAUAUCAGACCUGCAAAAGUUAAAAAACGCAAAGUAUCUCCUAUCCCACCUCUUCCAAUUGUAGUGCAGGUUAUGGAAAUGGGAUUCCCUAGGAAGAAUAUAGAGUUUGCACUGAAGUCACUGUCAGGAACCACUGGAAAUGCUUCUGGGUUACCAGGGGUGGAAGCCUUGGUGGGCUGGCUUUUGGAUCAUCCUGAUGUUCAAAUUACGGAUCUCUCAGAUGGGGACACAGUAUCUGAUGAAUAUUCAGAUGAAGAAAUUACAGAGGAGGUUGAGGAAGCAGAAGCUGCAUAUCCUGUGUCCAGUGGUGCCGUUGUAACAGAAAGUCAGACUUACAAGAAACGAGCUGAUUUCCUAAGUAAUGAUGAUUAUGCUGUCUAUGUGCGAGAGAACAUUCAGGUGGGGAUGAUGGUUCGAUGUUGUAGAACAUAUGAAGAGGUUUGUGAGGGUGAUGUGGGAAAAGUUAUUAAAUUGGACCGGGACGGGCUGCAUGAUCUCAAUGUGCAGUGUGAUUGGCAACAGAAAGGUGGCACUUACUGGGUCAGAUAUAUCCACGUUGAGCUUAUAGGAUUUCCACCACAGAGCUCUCCUUCACACAUAAAGAUUGGCGACAAAGUGCGAGUCAAAACCUCUGUAACCACUCCCAAGUACAAAUGGGGAUCCGUAACCCAUAGAAGUGUGGGUGUUGUAAAAGCUUUUAGUGCGAAUGGUAAAGAUGUCAUUGUUGACUUUCCCCAGCAGUCUCACUGGACUGGACUGUUAUCAGAAAUGGAACUGGUUCCCAGCAUUCAUCCAGGGGUUACAUGUGAUGGCUGUCAGAUGUUUCCCAUUAAUGGACCUCGGUUUAAAUGCAGAAACUGCGAUGACUUUGAUUUCUGUGAAACCUGUUUUAAAACCAGGAAGCACAACACACGACACACUUUUGGCAGAAUAAACGAACCAGACCUUCAUGGUAAAUUCCCCAUUUUGUUUUAUGUUAUAAUAUACAUUUGUACUAUCAAUAAAAGUAACUGCUUUCUGCAAACUAUACUUUUUGAUCUCAAAACUAUUUCUUACAUUGUUUACAAUUUACAGAUAAAAGUCCCUUCAUUUUCUGAGACCCUGUCUGCCUUAAAUGUAGUGCAGGUAGCUGGUGGGUCUAAAAGUCUUUUUGCAGUGACUGUAGAAGGUAAAGUCUAUGCCUGUGGAGAGGCCACUAAUGGAAGACUGGGAUUAGGUUUAUCAAGUGGAACUGUGCCUAUUCCCCGGCAGAUUACGGCUCUCAGUAAUUAUGUAGUCAAGAAAGUUGCUGUUCAUUCAGGUGGCCGUCAUGCUAUGGCUUUAACUGUUGAUGGGAAGGUAUUCUCUUGGGGUGAAGGAGAUGAUGGAAAACUUGGACAUUUCAGUAGAAUGAACUGUGAUAAACCAAGGCUGAUAGAAGCACUGAAAACAAAACGUAUCCGUGACAUUGCCUGUGGUAGUUCUCACAGUGCUGCCAUUACAUCUAGUGGUGAAUUAUAUACGUGGGGACUUGGCGAAUAUGGUCGACUUGGGCAUGGAGACAAUACUACACAACUUAAACCAAAGAUGGUUAAGGUGCUUCUUGGGCAUAGAGUGAUUCAAGUUGCCUGUGGAAGUAGAGAUGCUCAGACGUUGGCACUGACAGAUGAAGGACUAGUAUUUUCCUGGGGAGAUGGAGACUUUGGAAAACUGGGUCGAGGAGGAAGUGAAGGAUGCAACAUUCCUCAGAACAUUGAAAGGCUGAAUGGCCAGGGAGUCUGCCAGAUUGAGUGUGGAGCUCAGUUCUCUUUGGCUCUUACAAAAUCUGGUGUGGUGUGGACAUGGGGCAAAGGAGACUACUUCAGGCUAGGACAUGGUACAGAUGUUCAUGUAAGAAAGCCGCAAGUAGUAGAAGGGCUGAGAGGGAAGAAGAUAGUUCAUGUGGCAGUAGGUGCACUCCAUUGCCUAGCAGUCACCGACACAGGGCAGGUGUAUGCUUGGGGUGAUAAUGAUCAUGGACAGCAAGGCAAUGGAACUACUACAGUCAACAGAAAACCCACUCUGGUUCAGGGUUUAGAAGGCCAGAAAAUUACUCGUGUAGCAUGUGGAUCUUCCCACAGUGUGGCUUGGACAACAAUGGAUGUAGCUACACCUUCUGUGCAUGAACCAGUUCUCUUUCAAACAGCGAGAGACCCUUUAGGCGCAUCCUAUUUAGGUGUCCCAUCAGAUGCAGAUUCUUCUGCUGCUAGUAACAAAAUCAAUGGUACAAACAGCUCCAAACCUAACCGACCUUCUCUUGCCAAGAUCCUUUUGUCACUAGAUGGCAACCUUGCCAAACAGCAGGCUUUAUCUCAUAUAUUGACAGCUUUGCAAAUCAUGUAUGCCAGGGAUGCUGUGGUUGGAGCAUUGAUGCCUGCAAGUAUGAUUGCACCAGUAGAAUGUUUGUCUUCAUCUCCUGCACCACCUCCAGACCUUUCUUCCACAGGCAGUACUUCCAGUGGAGAAGAAAAUAUGCUAGUGAUAGAUGUAGAAGAGCGAUUAAGCCCAACCCCUUGGCAAGACAGGAGAACAGAGGUGGCUUCUUCAGAAGAUGCUGUAACUCCUCCUGCUGUGACUCCCUCUGCCACUGCAGCCUCAUCUCGUCCUUUCAUUCCUGUCACAGAUGACCCUGGAGCAGCUAGUAUAAUAGCAGAGACGAUGACCAAAACCAAAGAGGAUGUGGAAAGCCAAAGUAAGGUCUCUGGUCCUGAACCACAAUACUUGGAUGAAUUUACUGGUCUCCUGGUUCCAGAUGACACCAGAGUCAUGGUUGAUCUGCUGAAGCUGGCUGUGUCCAGUCGUGCUGGAGAGAAGGGAAAAGAUGUUCUUUCAGCUGUGCUGUCUGGCAUGGGUACUGCUUACCCUCAGGUUGCUGAUAUGUUGUUGGAGCUGUGUGUUACAGAAUUAGAAGAUGUGGCAACUGAUUCACAAAGUGGUCGUUUGUCUUCACAACCUGUGGUGGUGGAAAGUAGUCAUCCCUAUACAGAUGAUACUUCCACAAGUGGCACAGUUAAAAUACCAGGUGCUGAAGGACUUAGAGUAGAGUUUGAUCGCCAGUGUUCUACAGAGCGACGCCAUGAUCCGCUCACUGUCAUGGAUGGAGUCAAUCGGAUAGUUUCUGUGAGAUCAGGUCGAGAAUGGUCUGACUGGUCUAGUGAACUGCGCAUUCCAGGAGAUGAAUUAAAAUGGAAAUUUAUCAGUGAUGGUUCUGUAAAUGGAUGGGGCUGGCGCUUCACAGUUUAUCCCAUCAUGCCAGCAGCAGGUCCAAAAGACCUUCUGUCUGAUCGCUGCAUACUUUCUUGCCCCUCGAUGGAUUUAGUAACAUGUUUACUGGAUUUCCGUUUGAAUUUUGCAUCUAAUAGGAGCAUUGUUCCUCGCUUAGCAGCCUCACUAGCAGCAUGUGCUCAGCUGAGUGCUUUAGCUGCUGGCCACAGGAUGUGGGCCUUACAAAGACUACGGAAGUUGCUAACCACUGAGUUUGGCCAGUCAAUUAACAUCAAUAGAAUACUGGGAGAUAAUGAUGGUGAAGCACGCACUAUGAGUUUCACCGGCAGUGCCUUAGCUGCUUUGGUUAAAGGCCUUCCUGAAGCUUUGCAGCGGCAAUUUGAUUAUGAAGAUCCCAUUGUCAGAGGUGGCAAGCAAUUACUCCACAGCCCCUUUUUUAAGGUGCUUGUAGCACUUGCUUGUGACCUAGAACUGGAUACACUUCCCUGCUGUGCAGAGACACAUAAAUGGGCUUGGUUUCGAAGAUACUGCAUGGCUUCCAGGGUUGCUGUAGCCCUUGAUAAGAGAACACCGUUGCCUCGCCUCUUCCUUGAUGAGGUGGCCAAGAAAGUUCGUGAAUUAAUGGCUGAUAAUGAAAAUAUGGAUGUUUUACAUGAGAGUCACGAUGUUUUUAAGAGAGAGCAAGAUGAACAGCUUGUGCAGUGGAUGAAUAGGCGACCAGAUGAUUGGACACUUUCUGCAGGAGGGAGUGGAACUAUUUAUGGCUGGGGCCAUAAUCACAGAGGACAGCUUGGAGGCAUUGAAGGUGCAAAGGUCAAAGUUCCUACUCCAUGUGAAGCCCUUGCCACACUUAGACCCGUGCAGUUAAUUGGCGGCGAGCAAACACUUUUUGCAGUGACUGCUGAUGGGAAGUUAUAUGCCACUGGAUAUGGUGCUGGUGGAAGGCUUGGAAUUGGAGGGACAGAGUCUGUUUCUACUCCAACACUGUUAGAAUCUAUUCAGCAUGUGUUUAUAAAGAAAGUUGCAGUAAAUUCUGGAGGAAAGCAUUGCCUAGCCCUGUCUUCAGAGGGAGAAGUCUAUUCCUGGGGUGAGGCAGAAGAUGGCAAACUGGGUCAUGGCAACAGAAGCCCUUGUGAUCGUCCUCGAGUAAUCGAAUCUUUGCGAGGCAUAGAAGUGGUUGACAUUGCAGCUGGUGGUGCACACAGCGCAUGUAUUACUGCUGCGGGAGAUCUUUACACAUGGGGCAAAGGAAGAUAUGGACGUCUUGGCCAUGGAGAUAGUGAGGAUCAGCUAAAACCGAAACUGGUGGAAGCACUCCAGGGCUACCGUGUGAUUGACAUAGCCUGCGGCAGUGGAGAUGCACAGACGCUGUGCUUGACAGAUGAUGAUACUGUCUGGUCAUGGGGAGAUGGAGACUAUGGAAAACUUGGCAGAGGAGGUAGUGAUGGCUGUAAGGUGCCAAUGAAGAUCGAUUCCCUCACAGGAGUUGGAGUAGUUAAAGUAGAAUGUGGCUCUCAGUUUUCUGUGGCUCUUACCAAGUCUGGAGCUGUGUAUACAUGGGGUAAAGGAGAUUACCAUCGAUUAGGCCAUGGAUCAGAUGACCAUGUUCGAAGACCUCGUCAAGUCCAGGGAUUGCAAGGAAAGAAAGUCAUUGCCAUUGCAACUGGUUCAUUGCACUGUGUAUGUUGUACUGAAGAUGGUGAAGUUUAUACAUGGGGAGAUAAUGAUGAAGGGCAGCUUGGAGAUGGGACAACAAAUGCCAUUCAGAGACCACGUCUGGUUGCUGCUCUUCAGGGUAAAAAGAUUAACAGAGUGGCUUGUGGUUCAGCACACACCUUAGCCUGGUCUACCAGCAAGCCAGCAAAUGCAGGGAAGCUCCCUACACAGGUUCCUAUGGAAUACAAUCAUCUACAAGAAAUUCCUAUCAUUGCCUUGAGAAAUAGGUUGCUGUUACUGCAUCACAUCUCUGAACUCUUUUGUCCUUGCAUUCCCAUGUUUGAUCUUGAGGGCCGCCUUGAUGAAACUGGCCAGGGCCCAUCAGUGGGAUUUGAUACAUUACGAGGAAUUUUGAUAUCUCAAGGAAAGGAGGCAGCAUUUAGAAAGGUUGUUCAAGCAACUAUGGUGAGAGAUCGACAACAUGGGCCAGUUGUGGAACUCAACAGAAUACAAGUAAAGCGUUCCAGAAGCAAAGGAGGAUUGGCUGGUCCAGAUGGCACAAAAUCUGUUUUUGGACAAAUGUGUGCUAAAAUGUACUCAUUUAGCCCAGACAGUCUCCUCUUGCCCCAUCGUGUUUGGAAAGUCAAAUUUGUUGGUGAAUCUGUGGAUGACUGUGGUGGAGGUUACAGUGAAUCAAUAGCAGAAAUGUGUGAGGAACUUCAAAAUGGUCUGACGCCACUUUUGAUUGUCACUCCCAAUGGAAGGGAUGAAUCAGGAGCAAACAGAGACUGCUUUCUUUUAAACCCUGCGGCAAAGUCUUUGUUGCACAUGAAUAUGUUUCGCUUCCUUGGGGUUUUGCUGGGGAUUGCUAUUCGGACUGGAAGCCCGUUAAGCCUUAAUUUGGCAGAACCUGUAUGGAAACAGUUGGCAGGAAUGAACUUAACAAUUGCUGAUCUCAGUGAGGUCGAUAAGGAUUUUAUUCCUGGACUUAUGUACAUCCGAGACAAUGAGGCUACUUCUGAAGAAUUUGAAGCCAUGAGCCUGCCUUUUACAGUGCCAAAUGCCAGUGGCCAAGAUAUUCAACUUAGUUCCAAAUACACCCAUAUUACACUAGAUAAUCGAGCUGAAUAUGUGAGGCUGGCAAUAAACUACAGACUUCAUGAAUUUGAUGAGCAAGUUGCUGCAGUUCGAGAAGGGAUGGCCCGCGUUGUCCCUGUUCCUCUUCUUUCACUUUUCACAGGAUUUGAACUGGAAACAAUGGUGUGCGGGAGUCCAGAUAUUCCUCUUCAUCUUCUGAAAUCUGUGGCCACAUAUAAAGGGAUUGAGCCUACAGCUUCCCUUAUACAAUGGUUCUGGGAAGUAAUGGAAUCCUUCUCCAACACGGAACGUUCUCUUUUUCUGCGCUUUGUAUGGGGCAGGACCAGGCUUCCUAGAACAAUUGCAGAUUUCAGAGGCAGGGACUUUGUCAUCCAGGUUCUAGAUAAAUACAAUCCUCCAGAUCACUUCCUUCCUGAGUCAUAUACAUGCUUCUUUCUGCUGAAACUGCCCAGGUAUUCAUGCAAACAGGUGCUAGAAGAGAAAUUGAAAUAUGCCAUCCAUUUCUGUAAGUCUAUAGACACUGAUGACUAUGCUCGAAUAGCACUGACGGGAGAGCCAACUGCUGAUGACAGUAGUGAUGACUCCGACAAUGAAGAUGCAGACUCUUUUGCUUCAGAUUCUACACAGGAUUAUUUAACUGGGCACUGAAAGGGAAUGUCCCCUUGGCAGCAGUUGAUACUGCAAGCACUGAGGCAAGCAGCCACAAAAUAGCUUUUGAGCAGAGGACUGCGUAGUGAACAGGAUACAAAGGCAUGUAACCAGAGAACUACUAAUUAUUACUCAACGUGGGGAGCUUGCAUUAUUGUAGGAAUAAUGACUGAUAACUAAAGUAACUUUCUCUAGGGUAAUUGGGUGCCAUAAAUGGGCAUUGAACAUCUGUUUUAAUAGCUGAAGGUCCCCUUCUUUCCCUUUAUGCUGCACUGCAGGUAGAAAUUUGUGUUUACUGAUGUGUUGUAAAUGUUUAUAAAAAUAUUAGUAGAGUGGAAUUUAAAUGAUUGAAAUCUUUUAAAUUGUGGGUGCAAUAGAUUUUUUUUUCCAAAUUAAGUGUUGUGUUCUUUGCAUCUUCUUGAUUGUAUAUUGGAACUACUGUGCAAUGACUGAAUAGUAUUAUAAAUAUUUCGAUUAACUUUACUAGCUGUUUUGUUUAUUAAAAUACUUUUUGGAACACUCA